AUGCUAAUAUUCAAUGGUUUCUAUAUACAUUUACAAUCAUUCUUUAUAUUAUUUCUAUAUUUAACUUGGAUCCAUUCAAUUGUUUAUGGUCUAUUACAAGUAAAUGGUGAUAAGAAUGAGACAGUUACAACAAUGACAACAACAACAACCCAUUCAAAUUCUACGAAUGAUAACAUUUCAAAUACAUCAACUAUAACAAAUACUACUUCAAGUACACGUAAAGUAAUUCAAGGAGCAUCAUUUACAAUGACUGAUUCAUCAUAUUAUGAUUAUAAACCAAAUUCAAUGAAUUAUAAUGAAGGAUAUAAAACAAAAACAAAUGAACAUUAUGAUAAACAUAAAGUGAAUUAUGAACAAUAUUUUAAAAAUUAUGAUCAAUCUUAUCAUCAUAAACAUAAACAUCAUCAUCAUCAUCAUCAUCACCAUGAUCAUCAUGAUCAUUAUCGUCGUCAGGAUCAGGAUCAGAAUCAAGAUCAUCACGAUCAUAAUGAUCAUCAUCAUUCUUAUGAAUAUUCUUCUAAAGAAGAUAAUCAUCUAAAAACAAUAUCAUCUGAAUGGAUAUAUGAUAAAUUAAAAGAAUAUUUAACUUGUAUCUAUGAGAAACAAAUGAAUUGUGAAGAUCAAUUUGUUACAGAAUUACAAUUGAAAUUAUUAAAAAUUCAAUCAAAUAAACAAAAAAUUAAUCAACAUUAUGAAUCAAUAUCAUCUGAUAACAUGAAACAAAUACCAAUAUUAUCAGUGAAUAUUGAUACAGAAACCUUAGUAACAAAACAUGAUGAUGAUCAUUCACAUAAAGAACAUCAACAUAAAAAAGAACAUGAAGAAAUAAGAAAAGAUUUAUCUACUAUAUAUCGAACAAACAAUGAUCAAGUUGAAAUAAAUAGACAUAAAGAAAUAGAACAAACAGAGAAAUUUUAUUCACAUGAAUCUUAUCAAAGUUUAGAUAAUGAUAAACAUUUAAGUUAUUAUCAUAAUGAUCAUCAUGAUCGUCAUCAUCAUAAUCCUCGACAUCAUCAUUAUCAUCAUCAUCAGCAGCAGCAGCAACAUCAACAUCAGCAUCAUCAUCAUCCUCCACCACCUCCUCCUCCUCCUGAUCAUCAUCGUCAUAAAGAUCAUCAUGAUCAUGAUCGUGAUCAUCGUGAUCAUCAUCAUCAUCAUCGUUCAUCUUCCCAUAAUAAAUAUGGAUGGUUUGAAAAACUAGAUAAAAUGAUACCAAGUUUGGAUGAUAAUGAUGAUGAUGAUGAUGAGGAGGAGAAGGAUGAGGAUGAGGAUGAUGAGCAUCGUCAUAAACACAAAGAUAAACAUCCACACCAUCGUCCAACUUAUCGAAAGUAUUCAAACAAAUAUUAA